GACCGUUUUUCCAACUCACUUCGUUAACCGUCGAGUACGAUUCCCUCAGUUUCCGAGUCUUAUGUUGAGGAACUUGAAAUCUGACUUAUUUCAAUCAUCAUUUUCGAGACCUUAUGCAAACUCUUCACCUUCCCCCCACACGUCUCCCGAAGAGUCUACAUCGUCCUCCUACCUGAACAAAUUCACUAAAUACACUGCAAAACGGCUUCCUACUGCUAUAUUGGCGAACAUAAUUGUAACUGGCCUUGUUGGUCUUAUAUCAGUGGACCUUCUAUAUGCUUGGUACCGAAACGGAUGUAACGAACGUCUUCUCAACGAAACAGUGGAAAAGGGAACUCGACCUGAAAUUGAUGUUUCAGAUGACGAGCUUGUUUCUCGACCUCUAGUUGUAGAUCAUCUUAAAAAAAUUUUUCAACCGUAUAGAAAUCAAUCAUUUUAUCACAUGGUUUGCGGUGAACAUGGAUCUGGGAAAACUACGCUGACAAGGAUUGCAUCGAGUGAAGUUGGACACGGAGUCAUAUACGUUGAUGUUCCUGCGAAUUUCAAUGAAUUAGGUGAAGCUUUCGGAAAAGCCAUUAAUUUUGCAUUUGAGGAACAGAUUUCUUUUACGAGACAGCUAAUGCGAAAAAUAUCAGGCGAAACUAAUAAUAAACCUAAGACUUCUGAAUGGGAGAGAGCUCUAAAAGCCUUUAAACGUGCAUCUGCAGUGUACAAAGCAAAGAAUGGCAGACCACCGGUUAUCGUAUACGAUAAUAUUAGCCGAUUGGUUCACAAAAAUUCGGAAAUCCUCGACAUCCUUCAAGAUGAUGCCAAGGAUAAUGCCGAUGACAGAAAAUAUAUCGCUGUGUUUGUCAGCAGUGAAGGUUCGGUGCCGAGAAGAAUGGAAUCACGUAGUGCCUGGUCACGAGCAGAUAAACCGGUGAUGGAAAUUGGCGAUCUCAGUGAAAAGGAAUCAAUAGAUUAUCUGAUCAAUAAGCGCAAGAUCAACUCCGUAGAAGCAAAAAAAUUAUAUGAAUUGGUUGGUGGGCGUAUUGUGGAUCUAAAGUCUGUGGCGGGCAAAUUUCUAGCUGGUCAAUCCUUCGAAGUCAUUAAACAGCAAGUUUUUGGCACAGUCUAUGAUAAUCUUGAGACGGCAGGAAUGAAUCCAGGUCAACAAAAUCAUGAGGCGGCAAAAAUUAUCAUAAGGACUUUGUUAAAUUCUAAUGAUAUGCUUCAUAUUAGUAUGCUUCGAGAAAUGACCAAAGUGGAACCAAGCAAGUUAUUGGAGGGUAAUGUAUUUGCAUAUCACCCUGAAAAUAAGGCUGUAACUUUUCAGUCUCGCUCGAUAGAAUGUUACAUCCAAGAAAAUGCUAACAAAUUCACAGAAAACAUAAAAUUUAAUAAUAUGACAUGCUUUCAAGGGAGGGAGUACGCGGAUCCUAGGCCAUUUAAUGCGA